GCAUGGGCCUAGUGGAGCAAUAAAGCCCAUUCAUUUCAGUCAUGGCCCGAUUCCGUUCAUCCUCGUCGGAGAAUUUAACGAAGCCAUAGCCCUUGGAGCGGCCCGAAGCAGUGGCUCAGUUUCUGUAUGUGGCGUAACAGGAGAGAGAAACCAUGGCGUUCCCAGCUACCGUUGUUAUUCUUCCUCUAGGCGUUCUUUUCAUCCUCUCGGGCCUAAUUGUAAAUAUAAUUCAGGCUAUCUUCUUUGUCCUUAUUCGUCCAAUAUCAAAGAAUUGUUAUAGAAGAAUAAACAAAUUGCUCACAGAAUCACUAUGGUUGGAGCUCAUAUGGCUCAUAGAUUGGUGGGCUGGCAUCAAGAUUGAACUAUACACAGAUUCAGAAACUUUUCAAUUAAUGGGUAAAGAAAAUGCACUUGUGAUCUGCAACCACAGGAGUGACAUUGAUUGGCUUAUUGGAUGGGUCUUAGCGCAGCGCUCGGGUUGUCUUGGCAGUACUGUAGCCAUUAUGAAGAAAGAAGUCAAAUUUCUUCCUGUCCUAGGUUGGUCAAUGUGGUUUGCUGAAUAUAUAUUUCUAGAAAGAAACUGGACUAAAGAUGAAGCAUCACUGAAGUCAGGUUUUAUGCAUCUGGAGCACAUGCCAUUGCCUUUUUGGUUGGCUCUUUUUGUUGAAGGAACUCGUUUCACGCAGACAAAGCUUCUACAAGCUCAGGAGUUUGCAGCUUCAAAAGGGCUACCUAUACCUAGAAAUGUUUUGAUUCCUCGUACUAAGGGUUUUGUCACAGCAGUUGCAAACCUUCGGGGAUUCGUUCCAGCCAUUUAUGAUUGCACAUAUGCAGUUCCAAAGAGUGAGGCUUCACCUACUUUGUUGAGAAUAUUUAAAGGCAUGUCUAGUUCGGUGAAGGUUCAAAUUAAGCGUCACAAGAUGGACGAACUUCCAGAAACAGACGACGGCAUAGCACAAUGGUGCAAAGACGCAUUUGUUGCCAAGGAUGCUUUGCUCGAGAAAUUUAGUACUACAGAAAUAUUCAGUGAACAAGAACUUCAACAAAUCCGUCGGCCUAAAAGAUCUGCUUUGGUUGUGUCUUGUUGGUCUUGUCUUCUUGGAUUGCUUAUUUUUGAAUUCUUCCGGUGGUCGGCACUGCUCUCCUCCUGGGAAGGGAUCUUAUUUACAAUGCUUUUCCUGCUGCUCAUAACAAUUAUUAUGGAAGUUUUCAUUCAUUCAUCUCAAGCAGAGCGUUCUAAACCCAUGGUUUUACCUACACAAGACCCCAUCAAGCAGAGGCUUCUUCAGCCAUGAAUGAUUCGGCGCAUGCAUGUUAAUCUUCAUCACAUGUCUCUACUUCAUUCUCACACUUGUAUAUUACUAUUUUUAACCUGCCCUGUCAAGUAAAAUAAUAUCAUAUCUAUUCCUUGGUAUCUAGUCAAUUCUUUAGUGAAUGACUUAAUAAUUAAGUGGGAAAAAUGAAUUUUAUUUUACAGAUUAGGUUAUGGGUAACCGUUGUAAUUAAGACAUUAUAGUGGUAGUAUUUUCUCUAUAAUCAACUUUUGAAUUUAUAUCUAAAUUCGAGAUCUCUCUUUUGGGCUUUUUCA